AUGGAUUGGUUCUCCUGGUUAUCCAAGACCAACCUAGAACCCUCCCUCAUAUACGAGUAUGGUUUAGCCUUUGCACGCAACGAGCUUCAGUUAGAAGAUGCUAUCUACUUCAACCACGAAUUUCUUCAGAGCAUGGGCAUUUCCAUUGCCAAACACAGGCUAGAAAUACUCAAGCUUGCCAAGAAGGAAGAUGGGGCAGUGAAAAGCAGCAAAAAGCUUUCUGGGGUCAUCAAAAAGUGCCUCAGGAAGUGCUUUAGCAAGCUGGUUUAUCGUGAAGAUCAUCAAGAAAUGAUGAUGAUCAAGGACAUGCCACCAGAGCCAAACUGGUACCAAGGGAAAUGGAAAAGGGCAAAGCAUAAUGGGGCUGAAGAACUCAAGGGAGAGAAGGGAAUGCAAAGGAAUAGGACAAUUGCACUUUCAGGGCCUUUAGAUGGAAAUGGAAGAAUAAUGCAUGAGAAGAUGGUGAAUAACAACAAGGUGAUGAAGUUAUCUGGUCCUCUUGAUGGAAAGGUGAAUAAUAACAGUGAGAGAGUAGUGUAUGCAAAUGCAAAUAGAAGUCCAAUAAUGAGUAAUAGGCCUCUUGAUGGAAGGUUCAUGGGCACAGCAAAGAGUCCUAGGCUUUCUGGACCACUUGAUGCAAGAUCAAUGGUUAAUAACAGAAGUCCAAGGAUGCCAAGGCCUUUAGAUGAAAGGGCUGAAAGCCCAAUGGGUUAUAGUCCUUACAAUAAGAUCAGAGGUGAUGCUGAUUACGAUGAUGAUUAUGCCUUGUGGCCUACAUUGUUUGAAGAUCUUAAACCAACUUAG